AUGGAAGAAGAACUACCUGCAGCAGUUGACAUAGUGAUGAAAUAUGCUACAUAUGAAGAAUUUCUGGAUUCUCAAGUAACAAGAUUAGAUCUUAGUUAUUUAGAGGAUGAAGAAUUGGCUCGACAGUUGGUAGAACUUGGUUACCGAGGCAGCGGCGAAGUUAUGAAGAGAGAAGAAUUUUUAGCACGAAAAGCUGCAGCUGAAGCUCUGCUAUUAUCUCGUCGUAUUCAAGCACCGAAACUUGCAAGUGCAAAUAAAGAAAUAAUCGAACCAUUAUUAAAGGAAUUGGCUGAUACCGAAGAAGCAAAUCGAACAGGAAAAAUGACGUCAAUCAUAUUUAUAAGAGAUUUCAAUUCACGUCAACAAGAAAUAUCCGGUUAUAUUGAUUAUGCUCAUCGCUUGAAAACAGAAGAUUUUGAACUUUACUUUGCUGGAAAAAAGAAAUUACAACCCAAACCUAGCGAUCUUAGUUAUUACAAUUGGGAAAAUCAAACAUGCUGUUCAAAUAAUACGCCGAAUUUUCACUUGAUCACAAAUCAUCUCGAUGGCCUUUUAUUUAAAAGCAAACGAGACAGAAAAAUUAUUAUAGUCAAUCCUAAGGAUACUUCACAUGGUGAUAACACGGUUCGAAAAGAAAUUAAAUCUGAUCGUUAUAUUCAAGUUGUUGUUUAUCGACAUUUGACAAGACGAAAAACCUAG